AUGAGCCAGGACAGUUUCGAUCACGGAGAGCUGGAUACCUGCUUUGCGAACCAAGAUCACAAUCCAAUGUAUUCACCCGCGCAUGGUGAAGACUUGGAAGAGUUAGACUUCAGGCUCGAUGACGAUUCAACAGCUCCGACAGACUCAUCGAACACCACGAUUGCAUCUACUCCAGACUUUGCAGGUUACACGUUCGGGAAACGAGGCGCCGCCAUCGCACCCGCCUAUCCUCCACCGGGUUAUAAUUCUCCGCAUCCAUACUCACUUGAACUCCACCACGGCUUCCCUCCGACUCCCCAGCUCGCUCAACGUCCCGCACCCCUCCGCUCACAUACGAGCAGCUCCUUCCUCCACCCGCCACAAUACUUCUCCCGUACUCAGCAACCAUACCAUCGCCGGUCCCUUAGCCAAGGCGACGCUGACCGCAUUGCAGCCGCUACGCAAUCAAAUCCGGUGUUCUUCCGCCUGCAGGUACCACGAGCGCGCCCUGCUACACCACUCGAAGAUGACAUUUCGAGGCUCAGGAAACGGAUGGGUCCGUAUGACGAUGGUGGCAGGAGCUUGAGUCAAAGUCCGGGUAAUAGUAUGGGUAGGAAUACGCCUACAAGCACGCCAAUGCCAGUACAUGAGGAUGCUUACGGAAUUGUAUCCACCUACAUCGGCAUGCCGAUGACUUCAGAGGCCUCGUUCAUGGAUACAGAGGGGUUGUCAGUGCAGCUGACCAGCACUAAUGAUUCCAGCUUCCGGCACAUGAGCCACCAUGACCAAGUCAGCCAGAGCCGAAGGGUCAUUGAGAUUGGGGCUAUGGCUGUGGUCAACGCGGCGAGGGUCGAUCCAUCGCUGGCCCGCAAACGCAGCCGGCUGCCUGGCCUGGACAUCGAAGAGCCGGGCAGGGACGCGGAGCAAGGCCGGAGAGAGAUCUUGAAGAAACUGGAAGAACUAGAACACCAUCUCAAGCACGAGCUAUACGAUUGCGACGAAGCACUCAAGGCAUGCGGCAUGAUCCGCGAAGCGCUGGCUAGCAAGACCAAGGACGAUGCUCAAGUACUCGAACACCAAGCCGCUGAGAGGUGCAACGGGGUGCGAACUCCUAUUGCCGCGUUGCUCGGAUGUCGCGACCCCGAUGGCAGGCCCGCGAAAGUCGACGACGGAGAUGAUAUCCUCGCCCCUCCCAGCCAAGUCAUCCCCAUAGGAGACGAUGAAUUGUACCACAAUGCUAGCCACGGCGACCUGUUCAACAUCUUCACGAAGGGGAGGCGGGAAAGCGAGAUGGAGACGCACGGUCUCUAG